ACUAUAUCAACAUGUCAAAGUCAAAAGAACAUACGACAAAAACGACAUAAACUAACCAAUAAAAUUGUGACAAGUAGUAUUUAAAUAAUUAAUAAUUAAAAGCUUUAUCGGCAAUAACUAGAAGAGAAGAAGAAAUAGUUCUUAUGCUAGGUUAUAAAACAAUUAUAACACUAGUAUAAAUGAUACAAUAUUGAAGAAUAAUAAGAGUUUAAGAUGAAUUCAACGGUAUUUGAUUUAUUUAGAACAGCGGCUUUGCUGGUUCUUACACCGAAAUGCUUUGAUAAUUAUUUUUUAGAAUUCAACUAUUUGGACGGGCCAUGUUUUUUUGCAUCAUUGAGUAAAGGCCUAGGAUUUGGAAUCAUUUUGGGAUCACUAACAGUUAAAGUUCCUCAAAUCCUCAAAAUCCUCAACAACAAGAGUGGAGAAGGCAUCAAUAUAUUAAGUGUGACCCUCGAUUUGAGUGCCAUAACAAUUUACAUGGCAUACAGUUUUGUGAAAGGAUUUCCUUUCAGUGCUUGGGGAGAUGCAAGCUUUUUAGCAAUACAAACUGUUUUAAUUGGAUACUUGGUAUUAUAUUAUCAAGGAGCUAUAACCAAAGCAAUUAUGUAUCUAUUAGUAUAUGGAGCCAUAUGCUAUGUUAUGAUGUUCGGAAUGACACCUCUAGAAUUUUUGUGGUCUUUGCAAACCUUCAACAUAUUUUUAGUUGUAGUUGGAAAACUGAUGCAAGCAUACACUAACUUAAAAAAUGGACACACAGGUCAGCUAUCAGCAGCCACAUUGAUUAUGCUGCUAGCAGGAUCUUUAGCCAGAAUCUUCACUUCCAUGCAAGAAACGGGAGAUAGUGUAGUAAUUUUAACUUAUAUAGCUAGUAGUUUAUCUAAUGCAGUUCUAGUUGUACAAUUAUUAUAUUACUGGAAUGUCGAUCCUAAGAAGAAGGUAGAAUAAAUUAUUCCAUUUAGUAAAUUAAAAAAAUUGUGAACUUUAUUCUCUUAAAGAGAAAGUUUUACUACAUAAGACUUGUAGAUGUACUGAGAUAAAUAAGUUAAAAAUAGUGUAGCAAGUGGUUCUUUUUUAAAAUUUGUAUCCUUUUCAAGAUGUUUCUAUUUUAAAUAUUUAUAUGUUAUUGUGUGCUGGCUGGUUCAAUUAUAUUAUAAAAUUUAUUUUA